AUGCCUUCAUAUUUGAUCACUGGUGCUGGGCGUGGCAUUGGCCUCGGCCUGGUUAAAGCGAUCCUCGAAAAGCCGGACACCUUCGUGAUCGCUGCAGCACGGAAGCCCGAGAAUUCAAAGGAGCUCCAGGACCUGCUCGCCAAAUAUGGGGCAGCCCGGUUCGCGACGGUGGUCUUGGACAAAGCCAACCAGGCGAACAUCCUUGAAGCCGCGCGGACUGCAGCGGAGCUCCUCCCGAACGGUCUGGACUACCUGAUCAAUAACGGGGCGGCAAAUGAGCAGCCCCACAAGAGCUUUGACGAGAUCGACCGGGACGUCUUCGCGCACGAGCUGCUGGUCAACACGAUUGCGCCGCUGGAGAUCAUACGAGCGUUCCUGCCACUGUUGCGCAAGGGGACAGAAAAGAAGAUUAUGUUGAUGAUCUCGGUGCUGGCGUCGAUCGAAUAUGCACCGGUGUUGGAUGUGGCGUGUGUGUCGUAUUCGGUGACGAAGGCGGGGUUGAGCAUGCUCGCACGGAAAUGGGCGCCAACAUUGAGCGAGGAAGGGAUUGCGAUAGUACUGAUGAACCCUGGUUGGGUGGACACGGAGCUGGGACACACGAUGGAUGACUACAUUGAGUCGCACCGUGACAUGUAUCCCGACGAGAAUCCGAUCCCGGUGGAGGAGAGUGUGGCAGGCUGCCUGAAAGUGAUGAUGGAGGUCAAGUGCGACAAGGCCAUUAAAGCUUGGACGUACAAGGGCCAGAUAUUGCCGUGGUAG